CAGUUAUUCAGCUCUGGUGGCUAAGCUCUAAGCUCUGCCUUCCCCCGUCCCCUCCCCACAGGUGGGUGGGACAAUACUGCCAGGUUGGCCUGAUGUGGUCAGAGACAGUUAGCCACCCAGAAACCACUGAAUCAUGAAUGAGUCUGUGCUGAGCCCCACCAGAGCCCUGGGCAGCAUCUCUGGGCUCCUGCAGGUGGCCUCCCUGCUCAGUCUGGUUCUACUGCUGCUCAAGGCAGCCCAGCUCUACCUGCGCAGACAGUGGCUGCUCAAAGCCCUCCAGCAGUUCCCGUCCCCUCCUUCCCACUGGCUGUUCGGGCACCAGCAGGAGUUCCAAGAAAGCCAGGAGCUACAACAGCUUCAAAAAAGGGUAGAGGAAUUCCCAUGUGCCUCUCCUCGCUGGCUGUGGGGGAGCAAAGUCAUCUUUCUGGUUUAUGACCCUGACUAUAUGAAGAUGAUCCUAGGAAGAUCAGACCCAAAGGCUCCUGGUUCAUACAGAUUUCUGGCUCCCUGGAUUGGGUAUGGUUUGCUUUUAUUAAAUGGACAGACAUGGUUCCAGCACCGGAGGAUGCUGACACCAGCCUUCCACUCUGACAUCCUGAAGCCCUACAUGGGGCUAAUAGCUGACUCUGUCCGAGUGAUGCUGGACAAAUGGGAGGAGCUCAUCAGCCAGGACUCCCACUUGGAGAUCUUUGAACACGUCUCCUUGAUGACCCUGGACACCAUCAUGAAGUGCGCCUUCAGCCAGCGGGGCAGAGUCCAGACGGACAGGAACUCCCAGUCCUACCUCCAGGCCAUCACUGAUAUGAAAAAUCUCUUUUAUUCUCGAGUGAAGAAUUUCUUUUACCAGAACGACAUCAUCUACAGCCUGACCCCGGAGGGCCGCUGGAACCGCCGGGCCUGCCAGCUCGCCCAUCAACACACAGAUCGAGCGAUCGAGCUGAGGAAGGCAUAUCUGCAGGAGGAGGGAGAGCUGGAGAAGGUCAGGAGAAAGAGGCACUUGGAUUUCCUGGACAUCCUCCUCUUUGCCAGAAUGGAAGACGGGAACAGCUUGACUGACAAGGACCUCCGUGCCGAGGUGGAUACAUUCAUGUUCGAGGGCCAUGACACCACAGCCAGUGGCAUCUCCUGGAUCCUCUAUGCUCUGGCUGCACACCCCGAGCAUCAGCACAGGUGCCGCAUGGAGAUCCGGGGCCUCCUCGGGGACGGCGAGUCCAUCACCUGGAAUCACCUGGAUCAAAUGCCCUACACCACCAUGUGCAUCAAGGAGGCACUGCGACUCUACCCACCUGUUCCAAGUGUCAGCAGAGAGCUCAGCAAGCCAAUCACUUUCCCUGAUGGACGCACCUUACCCAGAGGAAUCCACAUCACACUUUCCUUUUAUGGUCUUCACCACAACCCAAAGGUGUGGCCCAACCCAGAGGUGUUUGACCCUUCCCGUUUUGUACCGGGUUCGGAUCGACACAGCCAUGCUUUCCUGCCUUUCUCGGGAGGAUCAAGGAACUGCAUUGGGAAGAAUUUUGCCAUGAACGAGCUGAAGGUGGCCGUGGCCUUGACCCUGCUUCGCUUUGAGCUGGCCGUGGAUCCACUCAGAGACCCCAUCCCAGUACCAAAAGUUGUGUUGAGUUCCAAGAAUGGAAUCCACCUGCAGCUCAGGAAGCUCCUCUAAUCCAUUUGGGACAACAACAAGCUCUGAAGAUCUCCUUCCUGCCAUCCUGUCUCCCUGGAACGUGAUGCUAUGCUCUGUCAAUCUUACCAAUUCCUGCUUUCCAUCUGCCUACCUGCCAUUCUACCUGACCUCCGUCUGGCCCUCUGACGGUCUGCCCCUCUAACCUGUCAUUCUCACUUUCUGCCUGGUUGUCUUCCCUGUAGUAGCCUCC